GCCGACUGCACACAUGCACAGAGCAGCACACUUUGGGUGGGCUAAGGGGCUGGGAAGGAUGGUGGUGGUAGGGCACAAACUGAGCCUGUGAUAUGUGAGCGCGCAUCAAAACGACAGAAACGCACCCACGCGCACGCACGCACGCACGCAGACACACACACACACAGACGCACGCGGACCAGGAGACAUCACAGCAGAGGAGACAGGCGCGGAAGAGCGGGGCAAGCAAGCGAGGAGGAGGAGGAGGAUUGUGUGCAGUCUGCGAAGACAGCGGCACGCUAUGUUGUUCCUGAGCUGAGUAUACGGACGGGAAGAUGAUCGCCUCCUUUAUAACGUUAGCUCUUUUGGUGAUCGUUGCCGGCUCUGAAUAUGAAUGUUGAGCCCAGACGGAUGUGUCGAAACCCAGCAUGCAGACGUGCAGCCCCAGAGACGGACCGCGGGAGGUGAGCGGCACGCCGGGCGCGAGACCUCGCGACGUCGCUCCGAUGCCGUCGCCGCAGCAGCCGCCGCGACCGAGAGGAGGCGUCGACGCGAUGGAGAUGGUCGCUCACGGUGGUGCGUCGCGAGCCGGGGUGGAUGGCGGCUCCCCGGCCCCCCACUCGGUGCUCAGAGCCGAGCUGCUGCAACAGCUUCUGCUGCUGCUGCUGGCGGAGAGGCGCCAGCCUCAAGCGGAGCCGCCCAGCGCCGUGAAGGAGCGCUCCUCAGUCCGGGGCCACCACGAGAAGGCCCCAUCCGGAGUCUCUCAGCUCGGCCGAUGGGGCCUUCUCGCGGGCCGCACCCGGGCGCUGGCACGUGACGCCCCUCGGCGGCCUCUGCUCUGGCCGCACGGCCGCCCUCCUCGCCCUAACGGCGCGGCAGCGGCGGCGGCGGCGGUGCGAGGGAGCGACGGGGCCUCGGAGUGGCAGGAGGUGGCGGCAAGAGCGUCAGUGGCGGGCGACCGGGAAGGAAGCGUGGAUGGGAAGCAAGACGCGGCCGUCAAUCAAGAAGCUGUCAACGCUCGUGCUGCGGAGGAGGGAUUGGAAAUCGUGCGCAGCGCGACGCGCGACAGAGAAUUGCCAGGGGCAUUGCUGACCCCUCUGGGCCGGGCCUUGCCUGCAGCAGGAGCCGCGUGGCCUCUCGGUGCGUCCCCAGCGACUCACGCUGCCGCCGUCCGUCCAGAGGAGGGCGACCGCGGAGUGUCGUUCGACGCUGUCGAGGUCGAGCGGCGCAGGAAGGCUUCGCCGGACCGCCAGAGUGCGGAGUUUGGCUACAUCGUGACGGAUAACAGGCCGCUGAGUUUAUCGUCGGCUGUGCGACUGCUGGAGGCCCUGGCCGGGGCAGUGAAUCUCCCCGCCGACUCCUUCACGGACGUCAGUGUGGUGGGUCCGGCUGUCGCAUUCCGGCUACGGCCCAACAAGUGGAAGCUGACGGUGAGGGACACAGUGAGCACAGUCGAGCAGCAGAGGAGGCGGCUGGAGGACGCGAGUCGGGUGAAGAUCGUCCAAGCGGGCGUGGGUGAGCAGUCGGCCCCCGAGGGCUUCUCCCCGCACGACCACGACGAGGGCGGAGGCCGCUACGUGGCGCUCGUCGUGCUGUCCGUGGCGUGCGUCCUCGGCCUGCUGGUCGCCUCCGUCGCCUUCUACUGCUCGCGAGGCGAUGGCGCUGGAGUCGCGGUCGGGGUCUGGGGAGGGGCGCGGGCCAAGCGCCGCUCCGAGUACACGAGCCUCGACGCGGAGCCCGGCGCGCACGCCACCGCCGACUACCAGGAGCUGUGCCGCCAGCGCGUGGCGUCUCGCUCGUGCGAGCGCACCGAGCUGCUGCUGCGGCCGCAGGCGGCGCACACGUCGCGCGUCAGCAGCGUCUCGUCCCAGCACAGCGACCCGGGGGUCACCGGGGUCACCACCACCGCCGCCGCCGCCCUGAGCCCCUCGCCCAGGAGCAGCAUCUCAUCGUGGAGCGAGGAGCCCGCGUCCUCCAGCCUCGACAUCACCACGGGACACAUGAUCCUCUCGUACAUGGAGGACCACCUGCACAACAGGCACCGGCUGGAGCGCGAGUGGGUGGCGCUGUGCGCGUACCAGGCGGAGCCCAACGCGCGCUCCAUUGCCCAGCGGGCGCCCAACGCCGCCAAGAACCGCGACUCCAACGUGCUGCCCUACGACCAUGCCAGGGUCGUUCUCAAGACAGAAGGAAACAUCUCCGGUUCAGAUUAUAUCAAUGCCAGCCCCAUUAUGGACCACGAUCCUCGCAACCCGGCAUACAUCGCCGCGCAGAGCCCCCUGGCCGAGACCGUCGCGGACUUUUGGCAGAUGGUGUGGGAGAGCAGCUGUGUGGUGAUCGUGAUGCUCUCUCCGCUGGAGGAGCAAGGGACGGAGCAGUGCUUCCGCUACUGGCCCGAGGAUGGCUCCCGCCUCUACCACAUCUACGAGGUGAACCUCGUUUCGGAGCACGUGUGGUGUGACGAUUUCCUGGUGCGCAGCCUCUACCUGAAGAACACCCAGACGGGCGAAACCCGCACGCUCACGCAGUUCCACUUCCUCACCUGGCCCGAGCACGGAGUGCCGCCCUCCGCCCGCUCGCUCCUCGACCUCCGAAGGAAAGUCAACAAGUGCUAUCGGGGCCGAUCCUGUCCCGUCGUCAUGCACUGCAGCAACGGUUCUGGCCGGACUGGAACGUACAUCCUGAUCGACAUGGUGUUGAACCGCAUGACUAAAGGAACAAAGGAGAUUGACAUCGCCGCAUCCCUGGAGCACGUCCGAGACCAGCGGCCAAGGAUGGUGGAAACCAAGGAGCAGUUCGCCUUCGCGCUCACCGCCGUGGCCGAGGAAGUGAACGCGAUCCUCAGGUCCCUGCAGAAGUGACGAUGCCGGCGGCUGCCUUGGACCGAGAGCGGCCGCUGUCGCCGCCCAGGCGAUCCACGGCCUUCGGGCCGGGGACAGGUGCGGAAGGCGACAAAGAAGAAGAGACGGCAGCCGCUACCGCACGCUGCUGCUGCUGCUGCCACGGCGGCACGUCACAUCACACGUUUUUGGGGGGCCGGGGGGGAGGGGCGGCGGGGGGGACGGUAGGGAGGGAGGGAGGGGGGCCACGAAACAGAAGUGAUUUUUGAGCCCCCCCCCCCCCGCCGCUCCCUUCUUCGCCGUUUCAAAGAAUUUCGAACAUCCGAGUUGGAUUGGCAGACGAGACGUCGACGAGAGAUUUGGCGCGAUGUGGCGAGAUGAGAGUGAGCAGCAGACUAAAAGAUAGACGCAGUGAGGUGAGAGGUGAGAUUAACUCGGGCCGGUUGUAUUUAGUUAGGAUCUGCAUUUCAGCUGAUGUUUGAUGCACUUCCAAGUAUUGUUUGUGAAUCUGUGGCCCCGACUUGAGCCGCUUGGGGCCCUACAGCUUGGUUUGCUAGGUUUGACACGUGGAUAUUCGCUAAAGUUUUUUCCUUGGGUGACAUCGCGUAAAUUAUAAAGGCGUCGUUCACCCACCGCCCACCCGACACGGCCAAUCAAGUAAGCUUUGUCCCGUAAACAAAACGUGCCAAUUGGUGGCUACUUGAGUUCACCGGUCGCGUUUGCAGAGCAGGCCCACACUGUGCUACACUUUGAGUGCCGCGACGCUUGGCGCCGGCGAUCGCAGCAAACAAGCAGCUUCAAAUCGGGCGAUUUUCCACGAAUUGCGAAGAAGCCUUCCCGAAACGGGAAAGAAACUUUUGACGACUUGGCUAUGCUCGGGGGGCGCGGGGGGGGGGCUAUCGAAGCCACCACCCCCCCCCCCCCCCCACUCCUCCUCUCCCCCCCGCACGUCCAAGUCUGCCAAAGUUCCCCACCGCUCCGUGUGCUUGAGAGGCCAGCGCGCGCGCGGCGGCGUUGGCGCCGGUCGAUUGCGGUGCCCAACGGCGAUGGUCUCCCAAGAGUUUGGCGCGCCGCCCACGGUUGGGCCGUGACCGAGGGCCCCCGGCGGAGAGACGGUGACGGGGAAGAAAGCGGCAAAGCGAACCGAGCUUUUUAUUCGGCAGCCAGAAACUCCGCGGAGUUUGGGGGGGCGGGGGGGUGGGAUGGGAAUGGGGCGGGGUCCACGAAAUUGAAAAUAAAAGAAUACAAUCGCGUUGCAUCUUUGAAUUGGUCAAAAAAAAAACAUUGACCAUUUAUUGUUCUUGUAAAUCGCACAAAAUAGGAACGUUCGCUUCGAACAAACGCGGGAAGGAAGGCGUUAUUCAUUUCGUUAUUUGCAGUCUCCACGGCGACGCUCAAUAAUUAUUGUGCCGCUAUUCGCGGCGUUGUCGCGAGGUUACCCGUUCCCAUAUCUCGCUCGGAAGCCGAACCAGCUCCCAACACCGCCCCCCCCUCUCCCCACUUCUCUGUUCGUAUAAAGAAAGUUGGGGGGCAGAGAGCUUCUGCUCUGGCUCGGGAGGAGGGGGGGGGGGGCGGUGCAGUUUUGUCCGGUCCAAUUCUCUGCAUCGCUUCACGAGUCACCGUUGCGGUCCAGCUUCGGAAGGAGUUGUUCUCACGGACAAGACACAAAUAAUAGGCUCUUCCACACCAGAACUACCCUCCCCCGCCACCCCCCAAUCACACGAAAUACGACCUUACCCCCCCCCCGCCCCCCCCCCCCCCCCCCCCGAUGCCGACGGCUUUCCGCCGCCGUUCGCUCUCAGUUCCCGCCCCGGGUCGCCGGGACUCGCCCAGACCCGUGAAAUACGGCGUCGUACUUUACAUUUGUCCGGAGGGGGGGGACGGGUGCGGGGGGAGAGCUUGCUUUUGGGUGCAGCGAUGAAUGCGCUAAGAGCUUUUGCGUCGGCACUAGGCCCAGAGCCACACGCACCCAACUCGAGGGCGUGCGGCUGAGUAGGUGUUACAACAGAGCCCCCCCCCCCCCCCCCCAUUACGGGUGUGACUGGAAGUGUUAAUUGUGGAAUUGUGCUUGCCAACUGCUGUGAAGAAUGAACAAAAAAAAUUCCGCCCCACCCCCUAUGCCCCUGUACCUGAAUGCUGAUAAAGACAACUUGUUCAUAAUUGGUAAAAAAAAAAUUGGUUAAAGGAGCAGCCCUGCAAGUGCACGCUCACGCCGCUACUGGUGGAACGGCCUCCACUCGAGGGAGAUCGAGAUCCCCCCCCCCACCUCCCCCCUUCGAGAGGUAUCUUGGCCUAAGCUUCCACACCGGCGCAAACGUCUCGCGAGAGCGGUGGGGGGCAACCAGAGGUCGCAAACGAGUUUUGAUUCCUUACCCGUACCCGUACCCGGCCGCACCAGGGUCGCAAACGGGUACCCGUACCCGGCCGUACCCUACCUGUAACCGGCCGGGUACGGGUAGGGUACGGGUAUUGGGUACGGGUAUCGGGUACCUGAUUGCGACCUCUGGGAUGAAGCCAUGUUGCAGGCGCGGGUGGGUUGAUUCUAGGAACUUGAAUUGUGAGAAGAGACAAGACGUUGGGAAAUGAGUGACAAACGGUUACUCACCAGUGACUCACGGCCUACCCGUACCUGUACCCGGCCGCAUCAGGGUCGCAAACGGGUACCCGUACCCUGGCUGGGUACGGGUAGCCGGGUAUCGGGUAGGGUACGGGUAUCGGGUACCCGGUUGCGACCUCUGGGGGAAACCCAGGCUUUUACCCCCGGCCGAGCCCCAGCUGCCGAUGGGCCGAGCGUAAUUUUUUUGGAAGACUAAUAUGACAAUUUGCGUGGAACAAACAAAAAAGCAAUGCGCGAAGAGGACUAAAUCGAGAGAGACAGACGAUGAUAUGCAUCGCGCCGAUGCCCUCACCAGCGUUUGAAUUCGUUCACUCGCGCAUCGAUGCAACUUAUCGACAGAGUCCGCUUGACAGCCGCCAAAUCGUCCUCUGUUCAUUCAUUUCCCCCCAACGCAUGGGUUCCCCUAUUGCGGUUCAAUACGGUUGCUAUUAUUAUGAUUAUUAGUUUUCGACGGCGAACGGAGAUGCCCCGUGCAUUUAUCCGCGGCGUUUUACUUCAUUCGUGUAAUUAUACGCUGUAUUUUAGUAAACUAAAUAUGAAUCUAUUUUACUACUUGUGUACCAAACAACUUAAACCACUACGGCACAAUAAACAUAACCGUAAUCCUAUUAAUGUAUAUACGUUCACGUUUCGGAGGCGUUAUCCUCGGCUUACAACUUUUUUGUCAUUUUGUUUAAUUUUGUUGCCCUCCGUGGCACUUUUUUUCCCUCCCAGCAUUUUCUUGUUGUUGUUGAACAUUUUAAAAACGGACCCGUCGAACGUAAUUCCCUCGGCGUUUCCACCACCACCACCACCACCUUGCCAAAUCCAACCGCACAGACGGAGAGAGAUAUUAGAAGAGGAAGAUUAAGACACGUUCAGCACGAUCAAGCCUCCUUAAGGUCUCUAAUUACCCCAAAUCCCCUCCGUCGUUACGCUGCCGGCGUUUUCCUCGAUGUGCUUUCUCAUGGUGCCACGCGAUGCAAAGGUUUUCACCGUACGCCGAAGACCGCGGUAUCAGUUUCCCUUGGCGUUGUAAAAUCGUGUUUGGCGAUCUCAUCAGUGUCGACCCGGGCGCUUUAAAACCUCGAACGCUUACGUACCGUACGUAAAGUUGAACUUCUUUCGCACCGUACGUAGCCAACCGUGCUAAUCGGAGGUGCGUGCUGUGGGGGUAGGACAACAAACGUGCACACACGAAAAAUAUUAAACGGUUAAUUAAAUUGUGAAAAUUACGAUGUCCUAUAAGUAACGUGCCGUCAAUUACUCGGCAAAGACUUGUUUUGAGUAGUUAUUAACCUAGCACGCUUAACUAAGACGAUACGUCAGCAAGACGGACUUGUAGGAUCGUCGCAGAUGUUACAUUGUCAUAUUGCGGCGGCGUCGCCACAUCGCAGACUUUUACUGCGACGUCGUUCAGUUACGGCGCCUUCCCCGCGCGUCAAACGUUCAACUGCACCCGUCGAAUCAUCUCUGCUCGGUGCCCCCAAAGGACUGGGCACCGCCGCCGAUGAAUAGCCACUCCAGAUUUGAAGCUUUUGUGACUGCAAGGAUUCAUAUUCUUAGGUUUUUUCGGUAAAGUCACGUAGGUAAAAAAAUUUAAAUUAAUAAAAAAAAUCAUUUUUUAUUUUUUAUUUUAUUUUACUUUUAUUAAUUA